AUGAGUGUCCAGAUUUUUGGUGAUCAAGUAACGGAAGAAAGAGCGGAAAAUGCUCGUAUGUCUGCAUUUGUGGGGGCCAUUGCGGUCGGUGAUUUAGUCAAAAGUACACUAGGCCCAAAGGGUAUGGACAAAUUAUUGCAAAGUGCAUCCAGUGAUAGAUCAUUAGUCACUAAUGAUGGAGCUACUAUUUUGAAAUCAAUUCCAUUAGAUAAUCCUGCAGCUAAGGUCCUUGUCAACAUUAGCAAAGUUCAAGAUGAUGAAGUCGGUGAUGGUACUACAAGUGUUACUGUUUUGAGUGCCGAGUUGUUAAGAGAAGCAGAAAAGUUGAUUGACCAAUCCAAGAUUCAUCCACAAACAAUUAUAGAAGGUUAUAGAAUUGCUUCUCAUGCAGCAUUGAAGGCCCUCGAAAAUGCUGCCGUGGAUAAUUCCUCCAAUCCAGAGAAAUUCCGUGAUGACUUAGUUCAUAUCGCCAAGACCACUUUAUCUUCCAAGAUUUUAUCUCAAGAUAAAGAAUAUUUUUCAAAUUUAACUACCGAUGCCAUCUUAAGACUAAAGGGCUCCACCAAUUUAGAGCAUAUUCAAAUUAUUAAGAUUUUAGGUGGUAAACUAUCUGAUUCCUUUUUAGAUGAAGGGUUUAUUCUAGCCAAGAAAUUUGGUAAUAAUCAACCAAAGAGAAUAGAGAAUGCAAAAAUUUUAAUCGCAAAUACCACAUUAGAUACAGAUAAAGUCAAAAUUUUUGGUACCAAAUUCAAAGUAGAUUCCACUUCCAAAUUAGCAGAGUUGGAAAAGGCUGAGCGUGAAAAGAUGAAAAGCAAAAUUAUGAAGAUUUCUAAGUUUGGCAUCAACACGUUUAUUAACAGGCAAUUGAUUUAUGAUUAUCCAGAACAACUAUUCACCGACCUAGGAAUAAAUUCAAUUGAACACGCUGAUUUUGAAGGUGUUGAAAGAUUGGCAUUAGUAACAGGUGGUGAAGUAGUAUCCACUUUUGAUAACCCUGAAAAAUGUAAACUGGGUGAAUGUGAUUUGAUCGAAGAAAUUAUCAUUGGUGAAGAAAGUUUCCUGAAAUUCAGUGGUUGUAAGGCAGGUCAAGCCUGUACUAUCGUCCUAAGAGGUGCUACUGAGCAAGUUCUUGAUGAAGCAGAAAGAUCUCUACAUGAUGCUCUAUCUGUCUUAUCUCAGACUACAAAGGAGACAAGAACUGUUCUUGGUGGUGGUUGCGCUGAAAUGCUGAUGUCUAAAGCUGUUGACACCGAGGCUCAAAACGUUGACGGUAAGAAAUCUUUAGCUGUCGAGGCUUUUGCUCGUGCUUUAAGACAAUUACCUACUAUUCUAGCCGACAAUGCUGGUUUUGAUAGCAGUGAGUUGAUAACCAAGCUAAGAUCCUCAAUUUACAAUGGCAUAGCCACAUCCGGUCUUGAUUUAAAUAACGGUACUAUUGCAGAUAUGAGGGAGUUAGGUAUUGUGGAAAGUUACAAAUUAAAGAGAGCUGUUGUUGGUUCAGCUUCUGAAGCUGCAGAAGUUCUCUUGAGAGUUGAUAAUAUUAUACGUGCUAAGCCAAGAACUGCAAACAGACAACAUAUGUAA